UUCUCUUUUUUUUUUCUUUUUCUUUUUCUCGUCUCGCUCUUCGCAGCUCCGCUUCCGCCCCUCGGCCCUCGGAGGCUCGUGCCGGAUCUCCCUCCACCCACGCCCACGCGGCGGCGGCGACCAGUCAGCCAUGGCAUCCGCCACCCAGAGGUCGCUCCUCCUGCCCAGCUUCGCGGUUGCUCUGCUCCUCCACUGAUGCGCAGCAUGGACAGCGUGGCUAGCGGCCCUGUCGAGUCGUCCGCCGAGUCCCCGCCGCCGCCGCCGGCCGAGGAGGAGGCUGCUCCCAAGAGCUCUCCCGCGGUGGCCGCCACCAAGGGCCGCGGGCUCCGUCGCUGGCGGCGUAUCAGGCGGGAACAGGAACAGCAGAGGGAGGGCCACGCCUCCGCCGUCGGUGGCGGCGGCGCCGGGGACGAGGACUCCGCGCAGCUUCACAAGCGCCGGCUCCCGCUCCCCGCCGGCGCGCCGAAGGGGAAGCACGAGGCGCCCGUCGCCGAGGCGGAGAGCUCCUCCGCCUCGGUCGAGUCCCGCUUCGUCCCGCCGGGGAAGCUGGACCCCGGCCUCGGCCUCCUCGUCGCGCCCUCCGUGUUCUCGGUCGGCGCGGGCGGCGCCGAGUCCGACAACAGCGAGGACCGGAGCAGCAAGUCCUCCACCGCCGCGAGCGCGCCGCGCGUGCUCCCGCUCCACGACCACGCCUUGCCCUUCCAGCGGGAGCGGGACAGGCUGUCGCGCGCCCGCGCCCCCGCCGCCUCCCUUCACGGCAGGAACCCGCGCUCCGCGCGGUCGCGUGCCGACCGGCCGAGGGUUGUUUGCAGCGCCGCCGUCUCCACCGAGGCUGAUAACUCACGGUCCAGCGUCGAGUCUGACCUCCGCAGCUCGAACGCCUUGAAGUUGGAGGCCCGGCAAUCUGGUGCUGGCCUCAAUGGUGUUCAUAAGGUUUUGUCUGAUUACUGCGACCUCAGCGACGAGGAGCAGCCAAGCGAGGAGGUUCGAUCGACCGAUUACUGCAAAGCGAAUGGCAGCAGUGUGGUGGGUAGAUCGGUCCAAAUAAGUGAUGAUUCUGGCAAUGGUGCCCAUGAUACAUUUGAUGAGGCGAGUGUUGGGAAGGGACAGAAUGGAAGGAUGCAUUCAGGUGCUGACCAUUACAAUGAAUCAACUUUGUUACUACUUCAGAGAGCACAGGAAGCACUUAAGAACGAGAUAGAAAAAAUCAUGGCAAUUGGAAAAGAACCAACUGAUGAUUUAGAUGUCCAUCAUGAUGAAUGGAAUGGGUCGGUCCAUCUUGAGGAACCUUUUGAAGAGGUAAAUGAAAGGAUAAAACAUCUCGAGUCCAGGUUGGUAGAGGCAUCAGCACUGAUCAAGGAGAAGGCUUCAAGAAUACAUGAACUUGAAGCUACCAUAAUCGAGAAUACAAAUCUCCUGUUGUCACAAUCUGAACUAGAUCAACUGUACCAGGAGAAGAUGGAAGCAGAGAUUCAGUGCACCGUCCUAACAAGAGCUUAUCAAGCCUCGGUAACUCUGGCCGAGGAUCAAAUGGCUCUAUACGAAGCGCAAAAGUCUCUAUCUGAAGACUACAAGCAGCUCGGACUUAGACUCCGACACACCGAAAACAGAGCAAUGGUGUUAGAGGAGAUGGCAGAGAAGCUACAGGUGCGGUGCAAAGAGCUGUCCGGCAGUUCUGAAGUCCUGCAGCUGCAAUCUAAGGCCAGUAGGGUUUCAAUAUUUUGUUUCGUUCAGCUUUUACUGCUGUGUAUUGCUAUAGGAACCUAUCUUAUGCGGCUCUCUACCUCGUCUACUGAGGUUGUACCUACCUGAACUUGUAGAAGAGUAUAUCGGGAAACCCCUCGUGUAAACAUGCUUACAAUUGUUCUCUUGUAAUUUACCGUUUGAGGCAUGAGUUAUUAACUCAUAAAAUCUUUAUGUAAGAUCAAUAUUCUGCGACCU